UUUGAUUUGCUUUCACUAUCGGAGUGUGUUGUCAAGUUCUUGCCUAAGUACAGUUAGUUUAUUCUUAUUGAAGUAAAAUAACAACAAAAAAUCGUACAUUUUUGUAAGCUUUAGCAAGCUUUGUGUAACGUUCGUGAAAAAUGCGGAUGUUAUUUGUUGAUAUUUGCGACGCGAGACGGUUCACUAGCAAAAGUCUACCCAGACUACAGUAACCCCUGUGAGUUGUUUAGUACGUAAUCUGUUGAAAUCCAUAAUUUGCUACAGAGGUUCUCUGAGUUUGCAUAAUGUCCUUUGUUUUUUGCGAACCGCAGAAUACUAAAAAAAAAUCUACACGUACGCCUACGCCAAAAAUCAGGACCGUUUCGUGGACAGAUUAAGCCUAGUCCUGGCCAACCGGCCCCUACAGUACAUGUAACUUAAUAAAGUUUCCUGUCCUUUCGUAGUUAUCAGUGUCUGUACCCUCCUUAGUAUAAAUAAUGGACGUGACCCACUCCAUCCGUGAGCGCACAAUAGCAGAGAACAGCCUGGUAAUCCUUCUCCAGGGUCUGCAGGGGGAGGUGACCACAGUCGACCUGAGGGAUGAGAGCACAGCGCGGGGACGAGUGGUCAACGUAGACGCCUUCAUGAAUGUCCGUCUGGAGGAGGUUAUGUACCGGGAUCGUCGUGGCGGACUCCGUCAGCUGGCGGAUCUGUUUAUCACGGGCCGGAACGUGCGAUACGUCCACAUCCCUGAUCACGUGGACAUCAUGAAAACCAUAGAAGCACAGCUGGCCAGGAUACAUCGUGUACGCAACUUUGCCAGUGAGAAAGGAGGCAGGAAGGAGUAUCUGAAGAAAAAAAACUGAGCUUGAAGGGUGGCUGACUUAUCCUCUAGCUAUCAGUUGAGCCUGGGGUGAGUUAGAAGGAACUGAAAUAGACAAGAUAAUAAAUGAACUUGGAGAGUGGACAUUGUAUUGGCCCCAAGGAUACAACUGACCAGGAUACCUUUGCUUUUGAACUACCCUAAAGGAGGGUGGAUGGAGUAUUAUUUUUCUUUAAAUGGAGUAUUUAAAGAAAAAUAACUGACCUUGACGUUUCUUUGAAUAUUAACUUGCAUCUUGUCCAGUCUGCCUCAUGCUACUGAAACCACUGAAGUUUAAGAAUGUCAAUACCUUACUUAAAUACUGUAAAUAAAUCCUUUUAGUGUGAUACGCAGCUUUGUCAAUCUCUCUAAGGCCUUGUUUAAAUACUUUGUAGAAAACCACGUUAUUUUUUAGAUUUUAUUUUCUUUGAAUAGUCUAUGCUGUAUGGUCCUGGUGCUGUCUGGUCAGUUGUCAGUGUGUUAUAAUUAGCCUGUUGUUGGUUAGAUGUGUUUGUGUGGUUUUUGUCUUGGGCCAAAUUGCUUUUCAAGUCCAUCAAUCAAAUUUAUUUUAUAAAGUCCUUUUUACAUCAGCAGUUGUGACAAAGGCCUUUUACAAAACACCCAGCCUUUUGAUAUACUUUAUAAGCACAGUGUGUUUUAUUGACAUGCAUGUCCUGUAUUUUAAGCUUAUCUGUAUUAUUAUGUUGUAAUUCAAAGGCUGCAGCUGAAGUCUACAGCUGGUGUCAGCAACAUGGGGGCUGUGGGAGAAACCCAUGGUGGAAUCUAUUUGCCUGCCUCUGACCUAAAGGUCAACUGUUGUACCUGACCUUUAGAAUCCUUGCUUUCACCUAGAAUUGUAAACUGAAGGAAUGUAUUCUGAUGCAGUACUCUACAGCAAGGGUGUGGUUGUGUGGGGGCACUGGUCAUGAACAUGUUCUUUGGAUAGAGUAGUCCACUAUAAAGGGAAUCGGGUGCCUUUUGGGACACAGUAUAUUGCCCGCCUCCUUUGCUUAGCAUAGACCACAACAACUCAGUCCAAGUGACCCGCUUGUAAAUUCACAACUGGAUUGGUCUAUCUCCAUGCCCGCUCCAUAGGCCAGGCGGGGAAAAUUACUCAUAUUCUGUGGAUCCUAAAUAGUCCUCUAUCCCCUGUAGCGGAGUGGUUUUGACUAGAACCCUAUGGGGCUCUACUGAUUGGAAUAGGGCACCAUUGGGGAAUAGCCAGGAUUUAUAGUCUGGUGGUGGAGGGCAAAACAAACAGGCUGGUUUCCAUGGCUUCGCUCUCCAUCUCACAAACAGAGCCUGCUUGUGCAAGCCCUCUGUUCCCUUCCUGACUGUGGUUAGUGGAUUGGCGGCCAUGGAACAAGGAUCUACCAUCUCAGGGCCAGUGGCAUUGAGCAGACUGAGCAGCAAGAGAAAGAAAGUUAGUGUUUCUCCUGGAAAUGAUUGUUGUAGAGGUUCCAGUGGUGAUAGAGGAGAAUAUGUGAAUUUGGGAGAAUUUUAGGAAUGUCUGAAGGGGUAUGUUAUUCCUUAGCGGUGUCAAGAAGAGGACAGGCCUGACACAACACGGGUGGAGGCAGCUAUGAAAGAACAUGGUCCGAGCAUGUCCAGUGUAAUACAAAGACAAACGCUGGUUCAGUACAGCUGGGGUGAAUGUGUCCCUCACGAAUGUGGUAUAAAAGGAAUAAUAACUCAGGAAUUUCCCUAUGUAGUUCUAUUAUUCUUAGUCAAGGACCUGGGGUGUGAUUUUGGUUUUGAGUUGUCUUUUUUAAAAACAAAUGUUUUCUCUGAAACCAACCUUGAAAAACCUCUCAGUUGACAACAACCACAUAAUAACAGCUUUUGAAAGCCAUGAGACAGACUGCCACAUCAACACUGUUUAUCUCUGAAUAGCUCUCUACGGGGAUAUUUAAAAGACAAUAUUUGAACAGUUUUUAAAGAUGCUUGGAAUAACAAUAAACCCUGUUUGUCUA